ACCGAGCGAGCACACGGACGUGAGUGUCAAGUUUAAAAGUUUAGUCUUUAAAUGGCGGUUUGGAGCCACGGCGAGGAUCAGCGGAGGAUAACGGAGCUCUGAACGCCUCGGUCCGAGUUUCAAAGACGUGUUUGUCGUGCUUUGACCGCUUCAGGAGGAUCAUGGUCGCCGGAAGGCUCCAAUAACUGAACCAGCAACACACACACACACAAACACACCUACACACACACACACACACACACGUACACACACACACACACACACACACACACCAUGUGGUGGUUCCAGCAGGGUUUGUGCUUCCUUCCUGCCGCUCUGGUUGUCUGGACGGCGGCGUCCUUCGUCUUCGCCUACAUCACGGCGGUGGUGCUGAGACACGUGGACCCUCUGGUGCCGUACAUCAGGUCUGAACCUCCACACACACACCUGAACAGCGCCGUCGUACAUGUUUCUUGUGUUGCAGGCAUCGCCACGGUCUACGUCCGCUACAAACAGGUGGAGGCUCUGACGGGUGAAGACGAGCUCAAGCUCCGCAGACUGAACCGCAUCGGGCUGCUGCUGGGUUUGAUCAGCUCCUUUGGGAUGUGUGUGGUGGCAAACUUCCAGAAGACCACUCUGUUCUCCAUGCACCUGGUCGGGGCGAUACUCACCUUCGGGGUCGGAGCGCUCUACAUCCUGGUCCAGACGCUGCUCUCCUUCUACAUGCAGCCCCACGUCCACAGCAGGACCACCUACCUGGUUCGCCUCACCAUCGGAGCCUGCACCCUGGGCAGCAUCAUCAGCAUGUUCGUGUCGUCCGUCAUCAUGUACAGCGUUCUGUCGGGGGUGGACGUACCUCGCAAGCUUCACUGGACUCCUGGAGAGCCGGGCUACGCGCCUCACAUCGUCAGCACGGUGUCUGAAUGGUGUCUGGCCUUCUCCUUCAUCAGCUUCUUCCUCACCUACAUCAGGGACUUCCAGAAAAUCAACCUGCGAGCCGUGGCCGUGGUGCACUGCAGCCACCUCUACGACCGGCCACACGGGGGCGUCGCAGCGUCGCGUCAGAACAAACCCUCUGAAACUUCUCCGCUGCUGGCGGGAUCCACGUGACCGGCGGCUCCGACUUAAACUGCUUCUGUUUUUACCCUUUUUCUAACUAUCUGAAGGCUUUCUGUGGAGCUUUUAAAAACGCUGGAGGCUUUUAAAGGGUCAGUUCACACAAACAGAUCCUCCUUCUGUAAGUACGCAGCCAGAGAUCUUCAUCUCAAGAAUCUGAAGGUGAAUAAAAUGCACUUAAAGCAGCUGGAAUAUAAAAGCAGUGAAGUCAAACUGACAGCAGAUGACGUUUGGGUGAACUGACUCUGUAAAACCAAAUAUGACGCUUUUGCACCUUUUCUUCAAACUGUGUCUCCGUCGCUGCACUUUAUAUCCAGUUUUACAGAGAGUUUACUGACAUCUGUAGAUUAUUAACUGCAGGUCUUUUACACACGUUGCUGAAAACUUUGAUGCUGUUUGCUAAUAAAAUAUCCAGUUUAAAUCUGAGCCAGGGUUUUUUUAGCUGCUUUACAUUUACUUUAAUUAAUUUUUUUAUCCAUUUUAUCGUCGUUUGCAGGAACUGCUCUGAUAAUAACUACAUGUAAGACGACUAAGCUGUAAUGUUGAGCAGUUCAUGAAAUAGAAAUUGUUUUAGUAUUAUAAAUGCGUUAUAUUUGUACAAACGUUAAUUAUUCGUUCUAUUUCUGUGUCUUUAAACAGUGAUUUUAGACGUUAUUGCUUUAAAACAACACUUAAAGGCGGUUCAGUUUGCUGUAAGGACCAGUUUUCUUACUUUUCUUUCUUCUUGGAGCAAAACAAACCAACACACUGAGCAUCAAAGCUGUUUUUGUUCAUUUCAUUAUAUGUAAAAAGCCAAUAAAUUAGGUUUAGCUGAAUCUCACCAGCUGCUUUUUCCUGCGUUUAUGUUUUUACGUUUUAGAUAAGAAGCUUUGAAAAGUGUAACUGUGGCUCUGAGACACGACUAACUUUGAACUUUUGUCUUUAGGAGUUUAUUUUAAACAAUAAACAGAUUUAUAUACACAUUUUUGCUCAACUAUAAAUUGUCUAAACGCACAUAAACUGCACAGAACCUGCCGAAUAUUAGUGGAUUACUGCAAAUGUUUUCACUGCUGAUUGAUUGAUUCAUGGAUUUAUGGUCGUUUGUCGAUCAGCGUUUCUCAGAGAUGAUAAAUGUUUUGUUUCGAUUUUCAGUUUGCUGCCACAAAGGAGGAAAGAAAGCAGAAAAUAUUCACGUUUAAAAAGCAGGACUGUUCCUCAAACCAAUUAAUAAACCAUCAAGAAUGAUCAAUAAUUCAUGGACUCAUCUGAUGAAGCACCUAAAACCUUGUCCAUCAACACUUUUGUCUAAAACCAGACCAGUGAACCAGACGUUUGCUGAUUAUUUCAUCAUUUAAUUUACUCAUAAAUAAUAAUAAAAUAAAAAAAAAAAACAGCUGCUGAAUGACUUUCUGCUUUUUUCCAGGUUGUUUUCACACUGAACUGAUUUUCAUCUGAAAACAUUUGUCACUGCCGUCUUAUAUUGUAUGCAUCAAACUAUUAAUCAUGUUAUUGAUCAUCAGAUCAUCACCACUAGUUUCUGCUGUAACAGCUUUGUACUGUGGACAGAAAUUAAACGGCACUAUUUUGUACUAUUUGCUGAAAUUAAACUUUUCUUAAUGUAAAAAAACAACAACAUAUCAGCUGCAAA